GAGGGAAACGCGCAUCAUGGUGCUGCCCUCUCUUAGGACUUCGGGGCGGAGUUACGUAGCACACGAACAAGGGGCCACGUAAAAUAACGCGACAUCGGCUGAAGGUGCCCAGAAAACCUUGAGCAGCUGCAGCGAAAAGUCGAUCCCAUACUCAGUCCUCCCGUUUUGGCUUCAUUCUUACUCUCGCGAUGCCAACCCAAGCCACCGACAUGGAGCUCACGUUGGAACUUCCGACACUGAUGGAAGGCGGGCAGUACAUCCUGGAGGGAGAGGAAGAUGCCAACAGUACGACCCUCCUUUUUUCCAUGUCUGAGGAGGUCGGGGCACUCGCUAACGCCCUGAAGUCUUUCCAGUCGCACAACGUGAACCUGAGGCACAUCGAGUCGCGUCCGUCGAGGCGGGAGGCCAAGUAUGAAUUCAUGGUGGAGUGUGACCACAGCACCGGGGACCUCAACUCCGCCAUUGAGGUGCUCAAAAAGAACACCUCCUACCUCCAGGUCAUCUCCAGGAACCACGAGAACAAAGAUUCCGUUCCAUGGUUCCCCAGGAAAAUGGCCGACCUAGAUCGCUUUGCUAACCAGAUCCUGUCCUAUGGCUCUGAGCUGGAUGCUGACCACCCUGGCUUCACCGACCCCGUGUACCGCGCCCGCAGGAAGUACUUCGCUGACAUCGCCUACAACUACAAGCAUAACGAGAAGAUCCCAAGAGUGGAGUACUCGGAGGAGGAGAUCCAGACUUGGGGCACCGUGUUCCGCAACCUUACGCAGCUGUACAAGACCCACGCCUGCAAGGAGCACAUCAACGUGUUUCCGCUGCUCAUCGAGAACUGUGGCUACCGGGAGGACAACAUUCCCCAGCUGCAGGAUGUGUCUGAUUUCCUGAGGGACUGCACAGGAUUCACACUGCGACCUGUUGCCGGCCUGCUCUCCUCCCGUGACUUCCUGGCUGGUCUGGCGUUCCGGGUCUUCCACUCGACGCAGUACAUCCGCCACAGCAGCAAGCCUCUGUACACCCCCGAGCCCGACAUCUGCCACGAGCUGCUGGGCCACGCGCCGCUCUUCGCCGACCCCGCCUUCGCUCAGUUUUCGCAAGAGAUCGGCUUGGCUUCCCUCGGCGCCCCUGACGAGUUCAUUGAAAAGCUGGCCACGUGCUACUGGUUCACGGUGGAAUUCGGAAUGUGUCGCCAAAACGGGGAGCUGAAGGCUUACGGCGCCGGGCUGCUGUCCUCCUUCGGGGAGCUGGAGUACUGCCUCUCAGACAAGCCGGAGAAGCGGCCCUUCGAACCCAGCAAGACCUGUCUGCAGAAAUACCCCAUCACCGAGUACCAACCUGUCUACUACGUGUCUGAGAGCUUCGAGAACGCCAAGCAGAAGAUGAUACAAUUUGCAGCCACCAUCCCUCGGCCCUUCUCGGUGCGCUACAACCCCUACACGCAGACUGUGGAAAUCCUCGACUCCAAGCCUCAGAUCCAGUCGCUGGUGCGCGAGAUUAACUGCCACAUGCAGGUGCUGACCGACGCCCUGGUGAAGCUAAGUUAAAAAGAGAAAGGGACAUAGCCAUCAGUCCCUACAGCUGUGAUAAGCUGACGUAGUGCCUUAUCGUGUAGUAAGAGCCUUGAAUGGCAUCUAAUUUCCUUCCUCUUUCUGCUCUCCUCCGUAUAGCUAUUACGUUGAUGUCCAUACUAGUAAAUGUAUUGAUGUACGUAUAUAGAUUGGUGCUUCCUUGUAGCUGUUAUGUACAUGUCCGCAGCAAAUGUGUUGGUGUAGCUCGCACUCGUAGUGUAGAUUGUGUAUUGUCCAUUGUUUGCUCUCAUUAUCGUUAAGUACGUGGAUAUUUGUGGGAAGCUGCACCGAUCAUGAUAGACACGGGCUGGCUUUUCCCGAAGAAGGAAGGUUCCACAAAAGUUGAAGAAACAAACCAGUCGAUUAAUUUAUGCUUCAUGUCUAAUUUCCAUCUCAUUCUUUGUAUGUUAGUCAAGUCUCAAGUGCAAUUAUGUAGUUAUAGUUUAAGAGAUCCAUAUAUUAGAUCUUAAAUGGGGCAAAGGGAAUUGCAAUGUACUAGUAAUGUGUAAGAAUAGUAGAAGAUAGAUCGUUACGUAGACUAUAACUAAUGCUCGCGUAAUGUUCAUAUGAAUGGAAUUCAACUCAUUUCUACAUCUAAAUCAUGUCUAUUGUUCUGAUCACGUAUUGCACCACGGAUAGACAUGCAAGCACCAUAGGAGCAUUGCACACCACGUGACUAAGACGAGCAAUGAGGCUCAGAGCUGAGAAUGAUACCUGAACCUCCAUUACUAUAAUCCUUAACUACCUUUUCCCUCCUGAGCGCGGGAAAUAAGUAGUAAAGAGACUCAGAAGGCUGUCAAUAAAACAUUAUGUACAAUUAAAACUUACUAUACUUAA